UCUUAUCCUUGUUGUCAGGGUUCGCACGGCAUUGUGGGUAGAGUAGGUCAGAUGACCCUCGCCUCUCCUGUGAGGGGUACAGCUGCUGUCACACACUGAAGGGAAACGCCGAUAUUUACAGGUCAAGCCAUGAGGCAUGUGGUCUUCCUCCUCCCAGCCCUGCUGCUGCUGCUGGCCCUGCCGGACACUAGGGGGCGCUACAAUGAUGACUUUGAUGACGGUGAGGACAUAGCUGAGUUUGAUGACAAUGACUUCGCUGAGUUUGAGGAUGUCAGCGAGGACCCGGCAGUCGAUGUGGAGAAAGAGCCGCCCCCACGAGCAGCCCCCUCAUCCACACCUAUAGAGGACGACGAAGACGAGGCCACAGUGGAGAACGAGGACGGCCAGGAUGAGUUUGAAGAUGCUGAUGCACAGGAUCAAGACAUGUACAGCAAGUAUGACAACGAGGAGUUUGAGGGCUAUGAGAAGACCAACCCCUCAUUCAAAGACACUCUUAUAUACAGAGAGGUCCCAGCACACCUUCAGAACAGCUGGGAGAGUUAUUACAUGGAGAUCCUGAUGGUCACAGGUCUUCUUGCCUAUAUUAUGAACUACAUAAUUGGCAAAAACAAGAACAGCAGGCUUGCCCAGGCCUGGUUUAAUUCCCACAGAGAACUUCUCGAGAGCAACUUUGCCCUCGUGGGGGAUGAUGGUACCAGUAAGGAGGCCACCAGCACGGGGAAACUGAACCAGGAGAAUGAGCACAUCUACAACCUGUGGUGCUCAGGACGUGUCUGCUGUGAGGGCAUGUUGAUUCAGCUUAAGUUUUUGAAAAGACAGGACCUGCUGAAUGUGUUGGCCAGGAUGAUGAGACCAGCCUGUGAUCAAGUGCAAGUUAAAGUGACUCUGAAUGAUGAGGACAUGGACACGUUUGUGUUUGCUGUGGGGAGUCGAAAGGCCAUGGCACGCCUGCAGAAAGAGAUGCAGGACCUGUGUGAGUUCUGUGGUGAUAAGCCCAAAUCAGGGGCAAAAUAUGGCAUCCCCGAAUCUCUGGCAAUUUUAUCAGAGAUGGGAGAGGUCACGGAUGGAGUGAUGGACAACAAGAUGGUACAUUACCUCACCUCUCAUGCUGACAAGAUUGAGUCCAUCCAUUUUUCGGACCAAUUCUCUGGUCCAAAAGUUAUGCAAGAGGAAGGUCAGCCCUUAAAGCUGCCCGAGACCAAGAAAACACUGCUGUUUACAUUUAAUGUGCCUGGGAUGGGUAACACAUCUCCCAAAGAUAUGGACAUUCUGCUGCCUCUGAUGAACAUGGUGAUCUACAGCAUCGACAAGGUCAAGAAGCUUCGCCUCAACAGAGAGGGGAAGCAGAAAGCAGACCGAAACCGUGCUCGCGUGGAGGAGAACUUCCUGAAGCAGACUCACACUCAGCGACAGGAGGCCGCUCAGACACGCCGCGAAGAGAAGAAGAGAGCGGAGAAGGAGAGGAUCAUGAACGAGGAGGAUCCUGAUAGACAGCGCCGCCUAGAGGAAGCCGCUCAACGUCGCGAGCAGAAGAAGCUGGAGAAGAAGCAGAUGAAAAUGAAGCAGAUCAAAGUGAAAGCCAUGUGAGACACACGCGCUCAUAGUCAUCAGAGAAAGAAUCUACUACUUCCACACCUGCCAAUGUACACUCUUCUACAUGAAUGUGCAUGCCAUUCGAUUGGCUGCUAUUGUGCCCAUAGAAACGCUCUGUCCAAUCAGGAGAAAGCAGCUGGUUAAGGAGUAAAUCUGAUCUUUAAAAGACAACUGGAUUGGAGAUGUCUGAACUGUUUGAACAUGUUUUACUGUAGCAAUCAUUUCAAUCAUGAGUUGUCUGCCUAAUUGCAUGGCGGUUUUUAAUUGCGACACUAUUGCUUUUUGUGGGCUUUGCCAUAAUAAUCCGGACCUUUUGGGCCUCUUCAAAGCAACUUGCCACUUUAGCCAACCUUUUUCAAUUCAGUUGUCUCCUCAGUAUGGACCCUCCAAAGCUUUGUGUAGAGGACAUAUGCUUUCAUUUCUACUCCCAAGAGAUUUAACUUCACCUCCUUAAAGUUUCAGCUGUGCUUCUUUUAAAAGUGAAAUCCGGGAGUGUUUUUAAAAGGAACUGGGUGGGUAUGAAAGCUACCUUUUUUUGUACUACAGUGCUUCCUUAACCCUAUUUCUAAGAGUUCAUGAUUGCAAGCGUUUAUAGAUGAGUAAUGGGCACAUUGUCAUUGUCUUUCAAACUUUCUUUUUUUAAUGAGCAAAGGCCCACUGAAUUGUCACUGUCAAGGCAGCACAAACUCCUUUAUACGUAUUUAACAGAGGUGAAAUUUUAAUUUAUCGUUAAGUUAAUAGUCGAUCAGAGCAUCCAUGAGCUUGUAUCAUGUUUAUGAGUGAACAUUGACUGUAACCCUUUUUUCUGUAACAUUUGUUAAUGAGACGCUUAACUAAAUAAAACAUUCACUGAAAACA